AGGGAGACCGCAAAAAGGCCAUUGGAGGAGAGGGGGCAGUGGGGGAGUAAGGUGGAGUUCCUCCUGGCAGUGGCAGGGAACAUUGUGGGGCUGGGAAAUGUGUGGAGGUUCCCAUACCUCUGCUACAAGAAUGGCGGCGGAGCGUUCCUUGUGCCAUAUCUGGUUUUUGCGGUGACCUGUGGGAUACCCCUGUUCCUGCUGGAGACUGCCAUGGGGCAGUACACCCAGGAGGGGGCCAUCACCUGCUGGAGGAAACUGUGCCCAUUGGCUGAGGGGGUUGGCUAUGGAGGUCAGCUGAUCCAGCUUUACAGCUGCAUGUCUUACAUCAUCAUCCUGGCCUGGGCCCUCUUCUACCUCUACUUCUCCUUCAGCUCUGAGCUGCCCUGGGCCAGCUGCUCCAACACCUGGAACUCAGAUCACUGUGUGGACUUCUCCAAUCAAAACCUCACUGCAAACUGGACCAACAACUCAUCUUCUGCAGCCAUCGAGUUUUGGGAGAGACGUGUGCUGCUGAUCUCGGGGGGCAUUGAGGAGGUGGGCAGCGUGAGGUGGGAGCUGCUCCUGUGCCUCAUCACUAUGUGGGUCAUCUGCUACUUCUGCAUCUGGAAGGGGGUGAAGUCUACAGGCAAGGCAGUUUAUUUCACAGCUACAUUCCCAUACCUGAUGCUUUUGGUGUUGUUGAUACGAGGGCUAACUCUACCUGGAGCUCUGCAGGGGGUGGAGUUCUACCUGUACCCUGACCCCUCCCGCCUGGCAGACCCACAGGUGUGGAUGGAGGCAGGAUCUCAGAUCUUCUUCUCCUACAGUGUUGGAGUGGGUACUCUGACUGUGCUGGGUAGCUACAACACCUAUAACAACAACUGCUACAAGGACAGUUUAUGGCUGUGUCUGCUGAACAGUGGGACCAGCCUGGUGGCAGGAUUUGUGGUCUUUUCUGUGCUGGGGUUCAUGGCACAUGAGCAGGGUGUCCCCAUCGCAGAAGUGGCAGAAUCAGGACCUGGUCUGGCAUUCAUUGCGUACCCCCAAGCAGUAGCAAUGAUGCCCCUAUCUCAGCUGUGGGCCGCCUGCUUCUUCAUUAUGAUCAUCCUGUUGGGCCUGGACACUCAGUUUGUGAUGAUGGAGGUGGUGAUGACGUCGGUGACAGACCUGUUUCCCAAAGUACUACGGAGGGCUGGGCGCAGAGAGAUCUUCCUCCUGCUCUUCUGCCUCACCUGCUUCGUCUUGCAGCUGGUGAUGGUCACACAGGGGGGGAUGUAUGUGUUCCAGCUCUUCGACUACUAUGCCUGUAAUGGGGCCUGUAUGUUCUUCCUGUGUGUGUUUGAAGUUCUGCCCAUGGGCUGGCUGUUUGGGGCGGAGCGCAUGAUGGAUGUGAUCGAGGACAUGACCGGGGAACGGCCCAGCCUCAUCUUUAAGCUCUGCUGGCUCUACUUCACCCCACUGGUGACCCUGGGAUCCUUCAUCUUCUCUCUGGUGAAGUACCAGCCCCUGACCUUUAACCACUGGUAUGUGUAUCCAGACUGGGCGUAUGUGCUGGGCUGGCUGCUGGCCCUCUCCUCUGUUGUACUGGUGCCGGGGUGGAGUCUGGUCAAGCUCUCCAUCAGCACUGGCACUCUCAGACAGCGAUUGUCUCAUCUGUGUCACCCUGAUGAUGACCUGCCCCUGACCCGGAAGCAAAUGGCAGAGCGGGGGAAUGCAGUUUCUGCUACAGAGCUGGAAGAGUUCAGGACCGACUAA